GUGAAGUUCAACCUUACAGGAAUUUGCUUGAGAACUGCAACAGUCGGCAUUUGAACGGCGAAAAAGGUAUAAAUAUUCAGCAGACAUCACGAUUUUUCGUCCCCUGAGUUGGGCUAAUCUGAAUCUUGAAGAACGGACUCAUCAUCAAUGGAUCGACUGGAUGAUUCCGCGAAGCUCAUGAUAGUUUCUGAUCUUGAUUUAACAAUGGUCGAUCAUGACGAUGAUGAGAACACAUCGCUUCUCAAGUUUAAUGCUCUAUGGGAAGCCUACUACCGUCGGAAUUCUCUUCUUGUGUUCUCAACUGGAAGAUCGCCGACGAGUUACAGAAAGUUGAGAAGGGAAAGGCCUCUGUUGACUCCAGAUUUGACGAUAAUGUCGGUUGGAACGGAGAUUGCUUAUGGCGAUUUGAUGGUUUCAGAUGAUAAAUGGGAACAAUUUCUGAAUUGGAAGUGGAAUCGAGAUGUAGUUGUGGAGGAAACCCUAAGAUUUCCGGAACUCAAGCCGCAGUCAGAAACGGAGCAACGGCCUUUCAAGGUUAGCUUCUUCAUAGAGAAGGAUAAAGGUCCCCAAGUGGCGGAUGCUCUGUCUGAUUGCUUGGAGAAACGAGGGUUGGAUGUAAAAGUAAUCUACAGCAGUGGAAUUGCUUUAGAUAUAUUGCCAAAACGUGCUGGCAAAGGAGAGGCGCUUGCAUAUCUUCUCAAGAAGUUCAAAGCUGAUGGGAAAGUUCCAGCCAAUGUUCUUGUUUGCGGCGACUCUGGAAACGACACCGAGCUUUUCAGUGUCCCCAAUGUCUAUGGUGUAAUGGUAAGCAAUGCACAGGAAGAGCUACUGCAAUGGUACGCCGAGAAUGUGAAGGACAACCUGAAAAUAACUCAUGCAACUGAGAGAUGUGCAGGAGGGAUCAUAGAGGCUAUAGGCCGCUUCCAACUUGGUCCAAAUCUGUCCCCUAGAGACAUUAUAGAUUUCAAAGGCUGCUGCUGCAAAGUGGAGACGACUGAUCCUUAUUUUGAAGUCGUGAAAUUUUAUGUGCUUUACGAAAGAUGGAGGCGCGGUGAAGUCGAGAAGUUGGAGGUGUAUCUUGAACAUCUGAAGUCCAUCUUUCAUGCAGAAGGGAUAGUUGUGGAUACGAGCGGGAACGAGCGAAGUAGAGAGGAAUUGGUAGAUGGAAUGAGAGGGUUAUAUGGUGACAUGAAGGGCACCCAAUUUCGAAGCUGGGUUGAUGGACUCUCCUCCUCAGAGAUCGGAUCGGAUUCUUGGCUUCUCAAGUUCAACAAGUGGGAAUCAUAUUCUUCCUCGUCUUCAUUAUCAUCAUCAGGGAAUCAGUUCAUGGGGAGCUCAACUACAAUUCUAAUGACCUUACAAAGAAAGGUAUCAGAGGAUGGUUUGAUAUGGAUGCACGUGCAUCACACAUGCUUGGAUGGUUCACAUUCACAUCAAGAAUUACAACACUUCUAAAACCAGUUUUCCUGAAGAAGAAGUAUGUAUCUAUUUCCAUUCUUAAUUUCACUUUAGAAAUUGUUUUUAUGUUAGAAUAAAUCAUAUUGAGGGUUAAA